CUAAGGUUAAGGCUAGCCUUUGCCUUUGCCUUUAUAAGAGGAAUGUUCCGCGCGAUGACCUCAACGGCGGGGCACGACUACACUAAACAUCGCGCAACUUCUACAAAAACAAUUAAACAGUGCAAUAUUCCCACAUAUGAACAACAUAAAUUGAGUCGAAGGGACCGUACUCGCGAGUGGCUCUUCUCACCCGAUCUGGAGGCACACAGUCAGGUGCCCACGCCCACCUCCUCACGUCAACGAUACUCGAACUGACGAGCAUUCGGGUUCACAUACAAUGGCGUCAACCGGAGAACGCGAGUUCCAGCCCAUCCGGACGGAGAACAUUCUCAACUCCCAACCCUCACGAGAGUCCCCCAAUGAUGCCGAGAAUGUAUAUCGACCCAGCAUGAUUCCCUCUCACAGCUCAACAGAUGUCGAGGAGAAAGAUGGGCUUGAGAGGACACAGACUAGCCGCACGAGCAGAUCGGCUCAGGAACGACGUCAGUUUGAACCCAUCAGAUCUGGGGACCGGGAAGAGUUGAACAGAAUUGCGUCUUCGUUUGCGGGCUCGGUUGCACUUCAGAGGACAAUGACCGUGCAGUCUUCUGGCCUCGAAAGAAAGGAUACACUGGCGGGGAUUCAACUUGGUGAUGCGGUGCUUGAUCCUUCGUCUCCUGAGUUUGAUGUCUACAAAUGGUCUCGGAUGCUCAUGAGAUUGAUGGACCAAAACGAAGUCAUCCAACGACGAGCCGGGAUAAUCUGGAAGAACCUGAAGGUCUGUGGAUCCGGAUCAGCAAUCAAUCUUCAAAAGAACGUGGGAUCGCUCCUCCUGUCACCGCUUCGCUUGAGAGAAUUCUUCAGUAAAGGCCCAGAGAAGACUAUUCUGAACGAGUUUGACGGUGUCCUGAAAUCAGGAGAAAUGCUUGUGGUUCUUGGAAGACCAGGGAGUGGCUGCUCGACUCUUUUGAAAACUCUCAUGGGGGAGCUUCAUGGGCUGGAUAUGAAGCCACACUCUGAGAUUCAUUAUAAUGGUAUCACCCAAAACCAGAUGUUGAAGCAAUUCAAAGGCGAAAUAGUCUACAACCAAGAAGUCGACAAGCAUUUCCCCCAUCUCACAGUCGGCGAGACCCUCGAAUUCGCCGCUCGUGUUCGGACCCCACAGCAACGUCUCAUCGAAGGCGUCAGCCGAGAAAACUGGGCCAAGCACAUGGCGAAAGUAGUAAUGGCCGUCUAUGGUCUCUCUCACACCUAUAACACCAAAGUUGGCAACGAUUUCGUCCGAGGUGUGUCUGGAGGAGAGCGAAAACGUAUCAGCAUUGCAGAGAUGGCACUCGCUGGCUCGCCCAUUGCUUCCUGGGACAACUCCACCAGAGGUCUGGAUGCUGCCACUGCGCUGGAGUUCACGAGAGCGUUAAGAAUGUCUGCGAAUCUCGCUGGAUCGGUGCAUCUAGUUGCUAUCUACCAAGCUUCGCAGGCCAUCUAUGACGAAUUCGACAAGGCGGUGGUAUUGUACGAGGGACGACAGAUCUAUUUCGGACCCUGCGAUCAAGCGAGGCAGUAUUUCAUUGACAUGGGCUGGGAAUGUCCUCCUCGACAGACAACGGGAGAUUUCCUCACUUCUGUCACCAAUCCUACGGAGAGAAAAGUUCGUGAGGGUUUCGAGAACAAGGUCCCUAGAACUGCGGACGAGUUUGAAAAAUAUUGGAAAGCAUCACAGCAUCGUAAAGCGCUGAUGGAAGAGAUUAAAGAUCACGAGGAAGAAUUUCCCAUGGGCGGGCAAACUCUGGCUAAUUUCCAGGCAAGCAGAAAAGGCAUGCAAGCAAACCAUGUCCGACCCGAUUCUCCAUACACGGUCAGCAUUCCUAUGCAAGUCAAGUACUGCACACAACGCGCAUAUCAACGCCUCUGGAACGACAAAACAUCGACGGUUACUACCAUAGUAGGCCAGAUCGUUAUGGCACUGAUCAUUGGAUCAAUCUUCUAUGGCACCCGAAAUGAUACCUCGAGUUUCUUCCAAAAGGGAGGCGUUCUCUUCUUCGCUGUUCUCUUGAACGCUUUGAUUGCCAUCUCCGAAAUCAACACGUUGUACAGUCAGCGUCCUAUUGUUGAGAAACAGGCUUCUUAUGCCUUCUACCAUCCCUUCACCGAAGCUAUGGCCGGUAUUGUAGUGGACAUUCCGGUGAAAUUUUCCAUUGCUACUUGCUUUAAUAUUAUCUUGUACUUCCUUGCUGGGUUGAGGCGAGAACCUUCGCAAUUCUUCAUCUUCUUCCUGUUCAACUUUGUAGCAAUUCUCACUAUGUCUCAAAUCUAUCGGAGUAUUGCCGCAUCAACCAAGACGGUAUCUCAAGCUCUUGCUAUCGCUGGCGUUACAACCUUGGCGAUCGUCAUCUAUACCGGCUUCGUUAUCCCCCGCCCUCUGAUGCACCCAUGGUUCAAAUGGAUCUCGUGGAUCAACCCCGUUGCCUAUGCCUUCGAAGGUCUCUUCGUCAAUGAACUCCACGGCCAACGCUUCACCUGCUCCAUCCUCGUCCCCUCUGGCGGCGCCUACAGCCUCACGGGCAACAACUUCGUCUGUGCCGUGGCCGGUGCGGUCGUAGGGCAGACCACUGUAUCCGGAGACGAUUACCUUGAAUCCCAAUUUCAGUAUUCGUACGCGCACAUCUGGCGUAAUCUGGGUUUCAUGUUCGCAUUCAUGAUUUUCUUCCUGUUCGUAUACCUUUUCGCUACGGAGUUCAACUCCGCAACCAGCAGUACGGCAGAAGUCCUCGUCUUCAGACGUGGCCAUGUCCCAAAGCAUUUAGAACAAGCUGAGAAAGCCGCGAAGCACGAUGAAGAAGCUCCAGUAGCUGGCGCCGGGUCUGGUAGCGCCGGAAAAGACGAUGCGCAGCAAGAGAAAGAACAGGGAGAGAAGGUCAAUGUGUUGUCUCCCCAGACUGAUGUCUUUACCUGGAAAGAUGUCUGCUACGACAUCAAGAUCAAAGGCGAGCCUCGCCGGCUGUUGGAUAAUGUUUCUGGGUGGGUUAAGCCUGGUACGCUGACGGCGCUUAUGGGCGUUUCCGGUGCGGGAAAGACGACCCUCCUCGAUGUUCUUGCGCAGAGGGUGUCGAUGGGUGUUGUUACUGGUGAUAUGCUGGUUUCUGGAAAGCCAUUGGAUCAAUCGUUUCAGAGAAAGACCGGCUACGUACAGCAACAAGAUCUCCACUUGGAAACUACGACGGUUCGGGAGGCACUACGAUUCUCGGCCAUGCUUCGUCAACCCAAGACUGUCUCGAAGCAGGAAAAGUAUAAUUUUGUUGAAGAUGUCAUCAAGAUGUUGAAUAUGCAGGACUUCGCUGAAGCCGUGGUGGGUGUUCCUGGAGAAGGUCUCAAUGUCGAGCAACGAAAAUUGCUUACCAUCGGUGUGGAACUUGCUGCCAAGCCUGCUCUCCUCUUGUUCUUGGACGAGCCGACUUCCGGUCUGGAUUCACAGUCAUCAUGGGCAAUCGUCUCCUUCCUCCGAAAGCUAGCGGACAACGGGCAAGCUGUUCUCGCAACCAUCCAUCAGCCGAGCGCAAUCUUGUUUCAGGAAUUUGAUCGACUGCUCUUUUUGGCCAAGGGCGGAAAGACGGUCUAUUUUGGCGAUAUUGGAAAGAACUCUGAGACACUGCUAAACUAUUUCUCGUCAAAUGGAGCAGAUAAGUGUGGCGACGAUGACAAUCCCGCCGAGUACAUGUUGACAAUGGUUGGCGCCGGAGCCUCCGGAAAAUCUACAAAAGACUGGCAUGAAGUCUGGAAGAGCAGCAACGAAGCAAAAGAAGCGCAAAACGAGCUCGCACGCAUAAAAUCCGAGAUGGGCUCUCAAUCCAGCGAAGAGAACGAGGGCACACACUCCGAGUUCGCCAUGCCCUUCACUGCCCAGCUGUGGGAAGUGACUAUUCGAGUCUUCCAGCAGUACUGGCGGACGCCGGGAUACAUUUACAGCAAGCUGCUCCUCGGUGUCGCCUCCGCGCUAUUUAUUGGGUUCAGUUUCUUCCAUGCAGAUGCUACGCAACAGGGAUUGCAAGAUGUGAUCUUCUCGAUCUUCAUGAUUACAACCAUCUUCACGACCCUGGUGCAGCAAAUCAUGCCCCGCUUCAUCCUACAGCGUGAUCUCUACGAAGUGCGGGAACGGCCAUCGAAAGCAUAUAGCUGGAAAGCCUUCCUCAUCGCCAACAUAGUCGUCGAAAUCCCCUACCAGAUCUUGCUUGGAGUGUUGGUCUUCGCGUCAUACUUCUACCCCAUCUACACAAAAGGAGGGAUCCCACCGAGUGUUAGACAAGGCUUGAUCUUGUUGCUGAUUGUGCAGUUCUUCGUGUUCGCGAGCACGUUUGCGCAUAUGCUCAUCUCUGCCCUGCCAGACUCGGAAACGGCGGGCAACAUUGCAACACUCAUGUUCUCCCUGACAUUGACAUUCAACGGUGUCUUCCAGCCGCCGUACGCAUUGCCCGGAUUUUGGAUCUUCAUGUAUAGGGUCUCGCCUUUGACUUACCUCGUCUCAGCAAUCGCUUCUACAGGCCUCAGUGGGCGCCCAGUAAUAUGCGCCGAAAACGAACUCGCAAUAAUGCAGCCCCCCACGGGAACCUCCUGUGGCACCUACCUCACUCCCUACGCGCAACUCGGCGGCGGACGAAUCUACAAUCCCGAUGCCAUGGCCGACUGCCAGUACUGCACAGCCAGUAAUGCUGAUCAGUUCCUGCAAUCUGUGGCGAUAAGUUACGGCACGCGGUGGAGAGACUAUGGCAUCGGGUUUGCGUAUAUUGCGUUCAACAUCUUCAUGGCUGUCUUCCUGUACUACAUAAUUAGAGUGCGGAAGGGCUCUGGUAAGUCUAUAGCGGAAAAGUUGAGCCCAAUUUUGGGACUUUUCAAGAAGGAUCCAAAGAAAGAAAAUAAGGGGAGUGAGAAGAAGAAAGCGCCGCAAGAUAAGGCGCAGUAGAUUUCUGCCUGAUUUGAAGGGUGUUCUUUUGGAUUAGGAAAAGGUGGGCUUGCAUUUGUGUAUAAGGUUAAGCGAGGAGUUAUAUCUUGAAUUGUUUAUGGAAUUGCGAUCUAUUCCAUAUAGAAUAAUAAUAACUUAAAGGAC